UAUGUUGAAUCAUGGUGCCAAAAGGCCAACAUAACCUAUAAAUGUGUUUGUUUUUAGGGUUUUUAGUAAAAAGCAAUAACAAAGUCACAGGAGUAGAAAAGCAUAAUUUAAUAAUGUCUUAAUGUAUAUGAGUCGGCUGAGAAAUUACGGAAAUCUACAAGUAAUUAUUAAUAAAUAUCCACUUUCACUUACCUUAAGCAUCUUGGAACAAAAACCAAAAAUUCACUUGCCCAGGUAUUAAACAAAAUGGCCUUAGUAUCUUAUGACUAUGGAAGUGACAGUGAAGGCAACAUAACAGACGAAGAAGAUGAGGUUACUACCUCACAAGUGAUUUUGGCUCCAAAAUCAACUGAACCUGAGCCUGUAAUAUCAUCUACUACCAGUAGUAUUUUUUCUCAACUACCCCAAGCAAAAUCUCAUGAACCAGAAGGAAAAUUAGAAGAAGAAAAUGAUAAAUUGGAAGAUUUCAUUCCUACCGUUAAAACAAUAAAAGAGAAAAAGAAAAUCCAGAUUGCAAUUCCGUCUUUGUCAGAAUUUGCUGAUUUGGAUGACAAUGAACCUGUUAAGAAAAAGGCGAAACCCUCAGCAAAGGGUAGUGGGUUACUUGGUAUAUUGCCGCCGAUACAGUCAGCUCCGAAAUUGACAAACACCAUGUUCAUACCGAACAGUUUGACAAAGAAAACGAAACCCACACCCAAACCCAUAAAAUCUCGGCCCGUAAAUACUGUUAAAAAGACGCAUACAGGUAGUGAUAGCGAUACGGACACUGAAGAUGUCCCAGUGCCAGAAACUUUCGAUGAUGAAAUGUGGCAAAAGGUGUGCGGCAGGUCUGCAAAUAAGCCCAAAAACCGUCCAAAACAAACUGUUCAGUUGGACGUGACCCCUAAAGCAGAACAAGAAACUUAUACAAGUGCUCCGUCAACCCAUGAACCUUAUGAUGGCUUGGACAAUGAAGCUUUUAAGGAAUUAGUAGGGAAAACUAAGAGACCCAUAGGAAAUAUUAAGCUCAUUGAUAUAAACGAAGAUGAAAUAUUGCCAGAUAGAGAUCUAUGGAUGACCAAGUCUUUAACAGAUCCUGAUUUGGCUCCAAAACCGUCGGAGGACGACGACCAAAUGGACCCAACUAAGAAACGAAAACACCACAUUACGUACCUGGCCCAGAAAGCCAAAGCGAACGAGCAAGAACUGAAAGCGGCAUGGGCAACUAGCAAGAAUAACCGAAUGAUGAGCAGAGCAAAAUACGGUUUUUAAGGACAUAAAACACAUUUUUUUUUGUAGAAUAAAAGUUUAAUAAUAAUAUAUAAGACAAAAUUGAUUGAUAAAAUGUACAAAAUAAAUGAUAAUAAUAUAUCUUAUAAGUUAUUUUACAAAUAAAUACCAUUAGAGGUC